GCAGCAUGGUUGAGAAUGAGAGUGUAACUCAUAGUCAGAGCGAAAACUUCCCUCACAGGCAGACGGUGGCACUGAUUUAUUGACUGUGAACGGAGGGGGUUGGGUGAAACAAAAGGGGAGGCUGAUACCGAUGAUUUAUGUUGGAAUAAGCUGGGGGAGAUCCGUUACUGAUAUACAGGGUUUUUUUUUAACCGGGUGGGUUAAACCGUUGCAGCUGAAGCGCCGCCGGCAAUGCGGUUGAAGGUGAGGACUUUCGGCAUCGACUUCGACACCGAGGAGCUGGGCGGCUACUCGAGCGGGGACCGGGUGUCGGGGCAGGUGCUGCUGGAGGUCGGCGACGGGCUGCCGGUGGCGGCCCUGCGGCUGGAGGCGAAGGGCUGCGCCCGCGUCAACUGGACUGACAAGGCGGCGGCGGCCGCCCCGGGCAUCGCCCCGGCGCCCAGGUACCGGGAGGAGGUGGUUUACCUGCAACACCGGCAAACCCUGCAAGAGGCCACAGGUGAUCAAGAGUGCUUCGUAUUGCAACCAGGAAAACAUGAAUUCCCAUUCAGCUUUCAACUCCCACAAGGGCCAUUGGUUACAUCCUUCAAUGGAAAAUAUGGCAGUGUUAAAUAUUGGGUGACAGCAAUAUUGGAGCGGCCAUGUGUGCCAAAUCAAAUUGUGAAGAGAGAAUUCUCUGUGACAAGUCAAAUUGAUGUUAAUGCACCAAAUUUCCUGUCUUCCGUGUCAAAAAGUAAAGAGAAGACAAUCGGUUGUUGGUUUUUUACCUCUGGACCAAUAUCCCUAAGUGCCAAUAUUGAGAGAAGCGGGUUCUGCAAUGGUGAAGCAAUCCCAAUCUACGCGGAAUUUGAAAAUUGUUCUUCACGCCUUAUUAUGCCAAAAGCUGCAAUUUUUCAAACCCAGACGUACCUUGCAAAUGAAAAAACCAAGACAUUUCGACAGAUGAUUGCAAAUGUUCGUGGAAACCAUGUUCCUUCUGGCAGUACAGAGUCAUGGAAUGGAAAAGCCCUCAAAAUCCCACCAGUGACCCCCUCUAUCCUAGACUGCUGCAUCAUUAGGGUGGAAUAUUCUUUAGCUGUCUAUGUACACAUUCCAGGUUCUAAAAAGCUGUUGCUUGAGCUUCCCAUAGUUAUCGGCACUAUCCCAUACAACAGCUUUGGAAGCAGAACAUCUAGUAUGUGCAGCCAAUUCAGCAUGGACAUGAGUUGGCUUCAACUUGCCUUGCCAGAACAGCCUGAAGCUCCACCUAACUAUGCUGAUGUUGUGUCUGAGGAAGACCUUGCUAGACAGUUUCCACCCCUUCCACAAGCUGAUCAUUUGGAGCACGAAUUUGGAAGUCCCAUAUUUGCUUACAUUCAGGAGUUCAGAUUUCAGCCACCACCAGUUUAUUCAGAGGUUGACCCUAACCCUACCUUUGCAGAAGAAUUGCAACGUGAAGUAUCAUUUGAAAUUUGAGGGAGUUGUUCUAUAUCUUUAAAGUUUAUUCAUGAUUUGGUUGGUUUAAAGUUGAGCAUUGAAGUAUGGAGCAUCUUCAGCACUGGAAGAGGAAGACUUUAAAUGAGUGAUGACCUGGUGGUGGUCUAAUCAAGUGUAGACUGAAUGGCACAAGAGAAUGCUGUUUGGGAAGAGAAGGAGCUGAGAAACGUUCCAGCCAUUGCAGAGGUGUGCAGGAGAGAAUGUUGAACCUGAACUGAAGAUUGGAAAAAGGAAAAGUUUUGGUCAACCGUAACACUACAGAGCAGUAAAGACCUCCUAGCUCUCAAAUAAGUCCCUAGGAGAAGCUAAACUUCCCCCUCGUUAAACAACCAAAUAUGCUGAAUGGAAGAGGGAAUAUUCUUUAAUUUAUUAUAACUAUCUGCUACAGUAGUAGCUAUAUGUGAGGAGGGGAGUUACUACCACUAAAUGAGCACUAUAUUUGUCAUUUAAAGGGACAAAAAGAAGUCUGAGUUAUUGGGUACUCUUUAUCUUUGCUGGGAAAGCUGAAGAUUAAUGUUUACAUUUUUUGUCCGCUUAAAAACACUGGUACAAUGUUGCCUUUUACAGAGGGUGUUUUCCAGUUCUCACAAUUACUGCCAAUGCUGUUUUAAUUAUUGAGCAAGUUAAUAGUUUUGGAAAAAUAAUCACCAUAUCUGUAUUUAUAAGGUUACCAAAGAAUACAAUCUUACACUUCAGUUAUAAAUUUGCACUCAAUUCAUGUAUCUUAAAGGGAAUUUUGUGCAUAAUUAUCCAUUUUGUUGCCUUUACAAAUGCAGACCAGUUAAAUGGAACAAAGUUGUAAGUGACAGUUUAUGUGCAAAUAAAUAUUUCUUGUCUUGAUAUUGUCCUAAUACAUUGGGGUUGGGCAGAUGAUUUAAGGGGGUAGAGGAGAUACUCAGGAUGGUAUAUGUCACUACAAAUGACUGUCUGAUAUCUGGCUGUGAUAUUGUUGUGUUAUUUUUUUUAUGAAGGUGCUUAUAUAUUGGUGUUCAUUGUGGUGGUAAUGUGAGACAAAGUGCUAAAUUUGCAGCUAAACUAGCUCCCUAAGUUAAUGGUAUGUAUUAUAAAUUCUGCAACUAAAAACCAUAGCCAAAAAUUGAAAUCUUACUGAGUGGAUCAAUAGCUCACCUUUUCAUUCAGUAUGGCCUGAACUACAGUAAUUUGCUUAUCCUAAGAGUAGAGGAGAAACAAAAGACUGAUUUUGGUUGUUCACUUGUGUAUGAGUAAUUUUACAUUUGCGGUUCAUUCCCUUUUAAGGAAGGCACUUAUAUGAAUGACAAGCUUGCAUUAAUGUGUCAUGAAAUAUGCAAUUUCAUUUCAUGGGAAUGCUUUUAGCAAUAAUUAUUUUAAUGCUUCUCUUUCUCUAGUGAUGCUGAUUUCUAUUAAAACUCCCAAUUUGAAAUCUGAUUUAGAAAUUGAAUGGUGCAAUAUUGUGUGUUUCUCAGGGCUUUGCAGUGCACUCUUUUAUUUUCCUCUGAAACAAAACAUUUGCAAAUUUUCUAAUUGCUGAACAAUCUUGAUGCCCAUUCCUGACUUGCUACUUUUAAAACUUUGGUCUGAUAGCCAAUGAAAAUUGGGAAAAGACUUAAUUGCAAGCCAUAUUGGCCAAUUGGGAAGUGAGAAUUCUUCACACGUAGUUGGAAGAGUCAAUAUUUUGUUACUUUUCAUUUGACUUUAAGUAUGAAUUGUAUUUUGCACCUUAAGACCACUUACCAAAAUAUCUUUUCAGUUUCUCAGCCUUGCAUAAAAAUUCUGGAGUCAAUUUUGUACUAGAUAUUCUUGCAGUUAGGAUUAAAAUUCUUCUAACUUCACAAAUAUGAAAUGUCUUAAUUCUAAUAAAAUUAAACUGAACAAUGCACUUGGAUUUUGAAAAAUGAAGCUUUGAAAAAGCUUUUGAACUGAAUUGUAUGUCAUCAACAUUUUGUAAUUUAAUAGCAUUGUUAAUGCCCCUUGUAGCUUUUAUGUCAUUAACUGUGGCAGUUUUGGCAAAUGUUUAUAUCUCUUAAGGUGGCCUUUCUUGUGUCAACUGGUAGUUAAUAAAGGAAGAGAAACAUUUUAAGUGGAAUGAAAAACAUAAGCACAAAAAUGUAUUACUUGAAUGUGAAAAAUUAACUUUACAAUAAGCUAAAUGUGCAUUAUCCAACUUGUUGCCAUUAAAACUGUGACCUUUUUCAAUUUUUUCUUUAUAUUUUUGAUGUAAAGAGCAGUGUAUUUUGUACUAUUUAAAUCUGAAAUCCAAUUUUUGUUAAUAAAAAGUUCUUGGAAAAAGC